AUGGACGCCUACCCGCAAGACUACGUCAACCACAACCUCCCGCUGGUCCUACUUACGGGCCUCGAGGCAGAUAUUGAAGAUGACACAGGGUCCGCUGUCGACUACCCUCUUCUGGAGGAGAGGGGCACUAAGAUCUUCUCCGACUUCCCACCGUUGAGCGGGGCGAUUGCGGAGGAGUUGCGGAGUACUCUUUUGGAGCAAGAUGGCUCCCAGAUGUCUUGGAGAUCCUCUCUCAAUUCCAGUGCAACUUCGUCAUCACUACAGCUAGGGUAUCGGGUCAAGAGCACGGGUCGGACUUAUAGGCUCCCUCCGCGCAAAGCAGAUCCCCCACAGAACUCCUCUCCAGCAAGUCCGACGACUACAUCGGACGGGAGUCCCUCGGGGUCCAACGCACCAUAUGUCCUCCACUCGCCCAUUUCCCCGUUGACUCCUGGCUCCCCGACCUUCCCAGAUGGUCUCCUCACUCCAAUGUGGGUGACGAAACACCAAGAGAUCGUCCCGGCAGCAGUGAUCAAUUUCUUCCCCCUUUCCCUCGACCCGAACAUGGACUCACUACGUGACAACCAACUGAAAAUCGAGAUCAAUGGCCUGAAAAAGGAGUGGGCAUCUUCUGGGUUCAAGACGCGCUUUUUGGUUGUGCUGAUAUCGGAGGAGGGGGAUGGAGGCUAUGCUGGCGAGAUCGAUGACCGUGUUGCCGGGAUUCGGAGAGCAACAAAUUCGGAUCAGAAGUCUAUUUUUGUUAUUCCACCGGAUGCGACAUCCUCCGAACUACAGGACUUUGCGAGAUCCUUGUUCUCUUUACUACAGCCUUCGGUGGUGGAGUACUAUCGUGAUCUGUCUAAACACGCUCGGCGAAAGCGGAAUCGGAGCACCAUCCCACCUCCAACGGCACCGCCAACGAGCGGUACUUCUCAGACGCUAUCCCUUCAGGGGUGGAAUGUACGCUAUGAGUUCAAGCUUGGAAUCCUCGCGGAAUUCCGGCAAGAGAUGGAUGCUGCAUGCCGAAACUAUGAGAGUGCAUAUGAGACAUUAUUUGGACAAGAGGUCUUUGAGAACAUUGCCGGUUGGGAUCCUCGAUUUAACGACGCCCGUCUGUUGGGGGACACUCUCGCGAUUCGUAUCAUUCGUUGUCUGUUAUGGACAGCUCAAACCACUACCGCAGUGCGGGUUUGGGUUGAUCAUCGGAUCCGUACAAAAGAUAUUGUCAACCGGCGGGGCAAAGGCAGCAAGAAUUAUGGCUGGGAGGCCUGGGAGGCGCGCUGGUCUCUUGUUAUGGCCCAGCUCAUUCGUCGUGCAGAGAUAUUUUUGCCAUCCCUGGACGCUUCUGGUGACCAAGGGAUGAUGGCCUUUUCUCUUUUCAAUCCUCCUGAGAAAUCGAUCCCCGCAGGCGAACGAGUCACUCCCUGGGAGCAACUUCACCACGAGGGCUAUUGGCUGUAUCGAGCAGCCACACAUACAAUCCUCCGGCGGAAUCUUGCUCAGCAGAUUCCAAAAGAGGAUCGCAUUCCCCCGGAACAAUCGCCUGCCUCCCAAAUUGCCAAUAAAUCAUAUCUAUAUGACACAUAUCUCGCGCCUGAAACACAUAUUGAAGCCUCACAGCCAGAUCAGACAGGUUUUGACCACUCCGGCCUGAUACUGAGCUCAUUGAACGCUGCUCUCGAGGAAUUUUCUAAACGACAUCAAACGCGACAAGUAGAGAGGCUCAGCCUCGAGAUCGCGGAAGAGUAUAUGCGUGUGGGCUCCUGGACCGAGGCAUAUGGUAUUCUCGAGCCACUAUGGUCGACCAUCAGUUGGCGCCGUGCUGGCUGGUGGCAAUUGAUGGAGAACUUUGGGUGGGCUCUAAGAGAGUGUGCCCUGAGAACCAAGAACGCCGAGACCCUAUUGCGGGUGGAUUGGGAACUUUUCAACAAGGUCUUCCCACCGCGAUCUACAUGGCACUAUGACGUUCACAAAAGCCUCGAGGAUCUUCCUGCAGAGGCACCCAAGCCCUCGGUCGUGCUUCGAGCUGAGGAUGUUAUGAUGAGCUUGACCUCAUCUAUUGUUUUUGAGAAAUCUGAAGGGAACGUGGGGGAACCUCUCAAGGCCCAGCUAACCAUUUCAUCGCAUGCCCAACCCAACUCGGCACCGAUCAGGCUCUCGGAAGUGAAGCUAGUAUUUGAAGGCUGCCUCCGCCCUGUGAAACUCCAAUCCGACCAGGACCAGAAUGCGGAUACGACAACGCCUUGUUGUCUUUCGUCAAUAUCACUCCGUGAGCCUAGCUCUGUUGGUGAUUCAUCCAUACAGUCUCCAACGGGCGGCUUGGCUACCUUGGUUGGAGUUGCCGAUCUGUCGAUUGGACCAUCUCAGACGAAGAUCUACAAUCUGAUAUGUACGCCCCGCGAAGCGGGCGAGGCACAACUUGCUUCCAUAACCAUGCUGGUUGAAGAGGAAAAGUUUGAUCUCACUUAUGUGAUCACCGCUCAUGGCCUGCAAGACUCCUACUGGUGGCAGAAAACCCCCAAGGGACCUUCGCGACGAAGAGUCGGCAAGGAUCGUGAGACGGGCCGAUGCAAGAUUAUGCCAAAGCCCCCCAAGAUCCGAAUCUCAACCCCUAAUUUGAUAGAGACCUGCUACGUCAAUGAGCGUGUGGCCUUGAAGAUCAAGAUCCACAACGAGGAAGACGAGGCUGCUGAUGUGUCCGCGGAAAUUAGACUUUUCGGUAGCCCCGAGUCUACAACGACUUUGCAGUGGCUAGAUGGCCAUGGCGAUGAAGACCCUUUAGAAUCCGGAACCAGUUCUCCGACGGAAGGCCCCUCUCAUUUCCUCAAACGGACUGUAGGAGUCAUGGACAGUGCAUCUGAAAAGGAGCUCACUGUUGUGCUGGCGGAGACACAGGACGCCGCGAAGUACACUCUGGAAGUUUCCACCGUUUAUCACCUUGUCUCGGAUGUACAGACUCCAAUCAGCAAGACCAUUACGGUGAAUCUUUCUUUCAUCCGGCCAUUCGAAGCUAACUACGACUUUAUGCCUCGCAUCCAUCCCUUGCCCUGGCCGAACUUCUUCUCAGUCAGUGAUGAUUUGAUCAGUGAAGAUCACUCAGCCAAGCCGGGUGGUCUAUUUCAGAGGUGGUGUCUCAACUCUAAAGUCGUGUCGUUUGCUCUAGAGCCUCUUGUGAUCGAUAGGAUGGCCUUGAAGCUUCUUAGUGUGAGCGACGGCACGACAUGCAACCUUGAACCUGAAUACCUCGUCAGCCCAGACACACCACACAUCGGCCCCGAAGAACUUCGCGAAUCCAACUUUGUCCUCGACAUUCAAAAGCUGAUCCUGGGUGACCGCCGCCCCACAGCUCUUAAUCUAGCAUUAGAAAUCAGUUGGCACCGGCUUCCCUCUGGAAGCACAAGCUCCACUCAUGCUGAAACUGACAUCACCACGACUAUCCUGGAGAUCCCCCGUUUUGUCGUUCCGAUGGGCGAGCCGCGCGUCCUCGCUUCCGCAUCGGCAUCCACUGCCCUAUCGGGCUUGAUCCACCUGGAAUACACGCUGGAGAACCCAUCAACCCAUUUCCUGACCUUCAACCUGAUGAUGGAAGCCAGCGAGCAUUUCGCCUUCAGCGGACCCAAGACCACCGUCGUUCAGCUUGUGCCCUUGAGCCGGCACGUCGUGCGAUACAAUAUCCUGGCUGCUAAACGCGGGCUCUGGAUCCAGCCGCAACUGGUUGUGGUUGAUACAUACUUCAACAAGACCCUCCGCGUCCUUCCUACCGGCGAGAUGCGCGCAGAUAAGAAGGGCAUUCUGGUGUGGGUGGAUGCAGACGAUUAA